AUGCAGCGCCUCGGCAGAGGCCAAGCUCUGGUCGCACCAAAGCGCUGGGCACAGAAGCUCCAUCAUGUCCACCAAGCACACGAAGCUGUCUCAUGUCUGACCAUCCCCUUGUCACUCGGUUUCCACCAAUCUCGAUCGGCCCUGACGCGCACAAGAAGCCAACGACGCACAAGUGGACGCACCUUUACAUCGUCCGCUUUGCGGACAGGCAUUCCGGUGUCCGAGUCGAAUCCUCGCCUCGUCCCACAAAGCCCCGUCUCGCGAAGAAAGUUCCCUCCGCCGUCCUUUCCGCCUUCCUUUGGCUCCAACCAGAUCUUGCCCGUACCACAAGACACAGACAGGCGUCUCCACAACAUCCUGGCAUGCUUCGACACCCCAGUACGCUUCGCCUUUGCCUAUGGCUCCGGUGUAUUCUCCCAGAAGGAAGCAGGCCCGGAGCACUCCAAGAGACCCGCCACCAAGGACGGAAAGAAGAUGGUCGACUUCAUCAUGGCCGUCACGCACCCACAGCACUGGCAUUCGCUCAACAUGGCGCAGCAUCCAAAACACUACUCGAUGUUCAGCAGGCUCCUGGGCGGCCUCGGCAUCGGCCUAAUUCAACCCGUCGGCGCCAAAAUCUGGUACAAUCCAUACAUCACGCUCGAAGACGAACUGGUAAAGUACGGCGUCAUCAGCGUCGAUGAUCUUUGCACCGAUCUGCUCGACUGGGAGACCCUCUAUGUCAGUGGUCGGAUGCACAAGCCGGUGGCGCUCGUCACCUCGGACGCCCGUGUGCGUCUGGCCCAGCAAGUCAACCUUGCCUCGGCCUUGCGCACCGCCCUCCUUCUCUUGCCCGCCCAGUUCUCCGAGGUAGAGCUGUAUACGCGCAUCGCAUCGCUCAGCUACACCGGCGACUUCCGCAUGUCGGUGCCUGGCGGAGAAAACUCGAACAAGGUGCGCAACAUCGUGCUCAACCAGCGCCAAGAGUUCCGACACCUCUACGCCGGCCUCAUGCGCAACUUGGGCACUCUCUCGGUCGAAGAGGUCGGACAAAAUCGCUACAGCAUCCAUCAGGAUGACUCGAUUGCCACUCGCGCCUCGUAUGCAGCGCGUCUUCCACGAUGCCUGCGCCAAAAGAUACAAGACUACUACACAGCACGACCGGACCUCGAUCCAGCCUUCCUCAAACUGUCUUUAUCCAAGACCCUCGACACUGUCCCGCGCGAACCAUCUCGCAUCGAGAGAGAAGAGACGCUCAACCAGUUCUGGCGCGCCGUCGUCCAGCGAAAGGACUUUGACCAGGUGCUGCUUCAGAUGAUCGCCAAGACCGUCAAAGGUCCCGCUUGGUCACAGUCAAUCAAAGGCAUCUACACCGCCGGCUUCACCAGGACCUUCCGAUACGUCGCCGCAAAGAUCGGCAAGUACUUCGAAGGCAAAAAGGAGGCCGAAGGUCGUUGA